AUGAUAUCCAGAAAACCUCCUGCCGAGGUGGGCGCAGUUAAACAGGCCCUGGUAACGGGUUACCGGCAUUAUCAUUCAGCAAGUGAACGGAUGAGGGAGUCAAUGUCCUCCUUGGAUACGUUGAAGCUGGAGCCACUGUUAGCCAGCGCUUUGAUGCUGGUUCCUUUUGCUACUGCAAGUCAACAGAUAAACCACUGGCUAUCAGAAAAGGGACGAGUAGAGGAACCUCAAAAACCGCUUUCAUCCACACCGAGGGAUAUAAUAGUUAUUAUGCGAGGAAUAAGAGCCACUCUCCAAACCCUGGACUGUGAAAGUCCAGUGUCAGGGAUUGCACCGUCUCCCAUAACGGACCCAGGAUCAGAUGAUCAUUUGAUACUGCCGGAAGCCAGAACCAGGGCAUCAGGUAUAGGUACACCAUGUAACCAUACAAUGGGCCCAAUAAUCUCGUCAACCAGCGAAGAGGCCUAUUCAAAACUCCAGAAACGCUUGGAUUACGCGUUAUAUCACUGCAAUGAUGCCGACGGCACAUUAGCUGCCUGUGGUGCUGCUUUCGACAUAUUAAAGGAUAUCAGAAGCAAUGCAUUCUCCUCCCACUAUUCAUCAAAGCCCUCUCCAUCUUCGUUCUCACCACUUGACGACGUCUCUCAAGACCUUUUUGAACCCCAGAGUAUGUCCUUGCCACAAGUAGCCUCAUGGCUUCGAUCAUUUGCAAACCGGUCCGUGGUCCCACAGCCAACGGAGCCAUUGACGCGGUACUUCCUUACAUUCCUUGUCCAGGUUCCUCAAGCAUAUCUAGAUCUUGUUCUCCCGCUCCUUGACAAGAGACUUGAGAGUCCUGUUGAUGCAGAGUUGUAUGACACUUCUACAGGAUUGACGAUGGAGCAAGCUCUUGCGCUGGACAUAUAUGCGCAUUGGUCAGUCCUAAUGUUUUUGGUAGAGGAAGAGUCAUGGUGGAUUGGAAAUCUGCCGUUUGUCACCCUUUCUGGGAUGGUGAACAGAUUUGGGAACAAUUUUGUGACUAUCCUAUGGCCUGAAGAAGAAAGGGGGCGGUGGUGGCCAGGGGGGAUGUUGAAUAUCCUGCGAGAAAUUAAGCGGUAUCGAUAG